AUGAUUGGAAUAGAGAGAAUUGAAAAGAUAAGCACUUCUGAUGUGAAAACACUUCUUGUGAAGGAUGAUAUAGUUGUUAGUGGAGGAAGGGAAGGAAAGAUAAGAGUGUGUGGGCAUGAUUUUGGCUGGUAUACAGAGAUUGAGCCUGGGCAGGGAUAUGUCAACUGUGUUGCGAUUGGAGGCGGGUUCCUAUUUGCAGGAUGCCAGAAUGGAAGCAUAGUUGUAUAUUCUUUGGACGAGUGCCAGCUUAGGGAUGGACACAAGGAAGAAGGUACAAAGGUGGUGCCUGUGGGGUUCUUAAAAGGCCAUUCUUCGAAUGUAUGCUGUUUAGACACGAUGGGAGAUUUUAUUGUCUCUAGCUCAUGGGAUUGCACAGUGAUUGUUUGGGAGCCAAGACAAAUGAACAACGACAAGGGUGGGAUAGUGCAGAAGAUGCCGCACCCCACAGUUGUUUGGUGUGCCAAGUUUAUUAAUGAAAAUACCAUUGUGACUGGGUGUAGUGAUAAAUUGAUCCGGAUUUUUAAGAAUGGAGUUCUGACUAGAACAUUUAACCAUCAUCUUUCAUAUGUCAGAGGAGUUGCUGUUUUGAACGAGAACAUCUUUUCCAUCGACAAUGAAGGGAUAGUUCUCAAGGUAUCAUUGGAUGGAAGGAUCCUGAAGCAUUAUUCUACGAAGAAUUUUAUGUAUAGCAUAUUUUCCUAUACCUGUGACGGCAAAGGCCUAGUUAUAUGUACUGGGGAGAAUGGGACGGCUAUUAUAUUUGACGAAAGUCUCAAGCCAAUUCAGAGUUUAUCUAUACCUGUGACGUCUUGCUGGGCCGGGUUUGGGUGGAAUGAUAAAGUGUAUGUUGGAGGAAGUGAUGGGAGGUUGUAUGUGUACUCCUCGAAUCCUUCAUCCGAAGCAAGAAAGGCCAUUGAGGAAAUGAGGAAUGAGCAGGGAUCCCUAUUAAAGGACGGGGAGUUUGUGUCUGACGGACAGAAGUUCAAGGCUGCUAAUGGGAAUGUGUAUCAAGAAAUAAACGGAGAGUGGAUUCUCCUUGGCAAAGGAGAAGGAUCCAAGCCCUAUGAUAAUACAUUCCAGGUUGAGCUAGAAAACAAGUACUACACCCUUUCGUUCAAUAACAACGAAAACGUCUAUGAGGUUGCAGAAAAGUUCCUGAGGGAAAACAGACUUCGAGACGAGUUCAGGGAUGACAUUGUCGAUUUCAUUAACAAGAAUUUUGUUUCUGCUAAGGAAUUUAGAAUAUACUCAAGAAUCAAUACAGAGGGUGUCAAAUCGAUGCUCAACAAGGUUAAGGACGAGCACCAAUAUGCAUACCCACACAUUUUAGACAAUCUUCAGAAUCCAAGCAUUGAUGAUAACGACAAGGUUGAAGAGGAAAUAAGGAUGCUAAUCAACAGUGGGCCGAAGUUUAUGGCAUUGGACUUGAUAAGAUACUUUAUGGUCCACAAGUACAUUUUUGACCUAUCCUUUCUGUUUACAUUUACUCCCCGGGACAAAAAGGAAGCCGUUACAUUUGUGAGACUUCUUAGCAACCUAUUUGCUGAUCCGCCCUUUAAUCUAGAUGCACUCCAUCCUCGUGUUCUGGAACUGAAGGACCGUGGGGUUGUUGAUGGAGAGGUCUUGGAUGAUUACUUUGUUAACAAAAGCCUGAGAAGUGGAGCAUGA